CAGUGGUGGCUUGCAGUGCAGUCCAGUGUGGUUAGUAACAGAAUUCUUAAAUCACUCCUGACAAUGAGUCCUCUUCUAUCCGGUAGUGCGGUCAAGCCGUUUUUAGAACGGAAAAAGGCGGACUUAAGUGAUGUCAUUGUAAUAUUAUUUGUGCCUCCGUUCUUGCCGCCCGUCCUGUCUUCUCCAAGCACUGAUGGAACGUGUACCGAUGGUCGGGGGGCCGCUCAUCUAAGGAUGUGAAUUAUUUAGAAGAAGACCGCUACGAUAAGAAGAAAAAAAAAUACAGUUUAUUUCAGAUGGCUUUCAGGCAACUGGGGAAAUGAAUCGGAGUAAAUCGCAGUCUUUGCGCAGCUUUUCAAUUGUCGAAGUGAAAAGCAAAUAUGGAGCAGAAUUCCGGAGGUUUUCCGUUGAUCGGUCCAAACCAGCAAAGUUUGAGCAGUUUCACAAGCUUAUUCUACAGUUGCACCAGUUGGCAAGUACUCCAGUUCUGAUUGCGUAUGCAGACAUCCAAGGGGACUUCCUACCAAUCAACAAUGAUGACAAUUUCGGCAAGGCUGUGUCUACUACACAGACACUUCUUCGCAUCUUUGUUCAAAGACCAGAGGAGGUAGACCAGGGGACCUUCUGCAGCAGUAGUUUGUCGCGGCGGAAGAAGCAGGCCGUGGCCCUGCUCUCUGAUACAAAUCGCAGGAGAAGGCAUGUCCAGAUAGGCAUGCCUCAGGAUUUCCGUCCCGUGUCGUCCAUCAUUGACGUCGACAUCUUACCGGACACUCACCGAAGGGUGCGUCUCUAUCGGCAGGGCUCCCAGAAGCCCUUAGGUUUCUACAUCAGGGAUGGCGCCACAGUGAACGUGACCCCCCAUGGCCUACAGAAGGUUCCAGGGGUCUUUAUCUCUCGUAUGGUUCCGGGAGGCCUGGCAGAAUGCACGGGUUUGCUCGCCAUCAAUGACCAGGUCCUGGAGGUGAACGGGAUAGAGGUGGCUGGUAAGACCCUGGAUCAGGUGACGGACAUGAUGAUCGCCAACAGCCACAACCUCAUCAUCACGGUGAAACCUGUGAACCAGCGCAACAAUAUCAUGCGCCCCAGCUACAGUAUGUCAAACUUCACUGAGCUGUCUGUUGACGGACCGAGCGGCGGCACCCUGUACCCCGGCCUGCCAGUCCUACUGGGAAACCAAAGCUGGAUUGCAGAGGGGUUAGAGAGUGACGACGACAUAGACGUGGUGAUCGAGAGGCAAAUUAAUCAAGCGUCUCGCUGCUCGAGCUACUCGGUCCCCCGCCCCCCCACACCUCCGCGCAUGCGGGCUCACUCCCGCCCCAAAUCUCCCGGCGGCAACCGUCGUCCGCACUCCAUGAUCGUUGCGUCUUCGUACCGCUCGCAGCCCUGCUUGAACAUCCCCACCAGCCCGACUGACCUACUGAGUGCCAGCCUGUGCCAUAAUCUCACUCUCCAGCAGCAGUACCGCAGUAGUCCCACUGUCAGAGGGAGCAGCGCCAGCCUGCACAGCAGUAUGCUCCGCACACUACGAACAGAGCCUCUCCCCAGCCUGGACGUUGCCCAGGGAGGCAUGGAAGAGGAUGGUAUUGUGAUCAUUCUCUAAUGUGCACUGAUUCCCUGCCUGAUGAAAUUAACUUGUGUUCAUCCGGUCAUUAUCGGCCAUCAGAAUAUGCUGACAUUUUUACUUUUCUCUCACUGUACGGGGAAUUUGCAUUUGACAGAUUUAGCAUUAAGCACAUGGGCGUUACACUGGAAUAUGACUUUUAUGUAUUGUGUAUUAUGCAUAGUUUGGAAAAAAAACAGGCUAAAAGGAAAGCAAUAAAUGUAUACUUUUAAUGGAAAUGCAAUUAUUAAAGCUCUUGGUCUGGA